GAGCGGUGCUGCCGCGGUACCAGCCUCCGGUCUGUCGCCGGGACUGCCCCUGACCCAGGAGCCCCCACUGCUCGGUGGCUGGAGGGCCGGCGGAGCGCCAUGGCCUGCAUCCUGAAGAGAAAGUCUGUGAUUGCGGUGAGCUUCAUAGUGGCGUUCCUCUUCCUGCUGGUUGUGCGUCUUGUAAAUGAAGUGAAUUUCCCAUUGCUACUAAACUGCUUUGGACAACCUGGUACAAAAUGGAUACCAUUCUCCUACACACACAGGCGGCCCCUUCGAACUCACUAUGGAUACAUAAAUGUGAGGACACAAGAGCCUUUGCAACUAGACUGUGACCUUUGUGCCAUAGUGUCAAACUCAGGUCAAAUGAUUGGCCAGAAAGUUGGGAAUGAGAUCGAUCAGUACUCCUGCAUUUGGAGAAUGAACAAUGCUCCCACCAAGGGCUAUGAAGAAGAUGUUGGCCACAUGACAAUGAUUCGAGUUGUGUCCCAUACCAGUGUACCUCUUUUGCUCAAAAACCCUGAUUAUUUUUUCAAGGAGGCAAACACUACUGUUUAUGUUAUUUGGGGCCCUUUUCGCAAUAUGAGGAAAGAUGGCAAUGGCAUUGUUUACAACAUGCUGAAAAAGACUGUUGACAUCUACCCAAACGCCCACAUCUAUGUGACCACAGAGAAGCGCAUGAGUUACUGUGAUGGAGUUUUUAAGAAGGAAACUGGGAAAGACAGAGUCCAGUCUGGCUCUUAUCUCAGCACCGGGUGGUUUACCUUCAUUCUGGCCAUGGAUGCCUGCUACAGUAUUCACGUCUACGGGAUGAUAAAUGACACCUACUGCAAGACAGAAGGGUAUAGAAAAGUUCCCUACCAUUACUAUGAACAAGGAAGAGAUGAGUGUGAUGAGUAUUUUCUUCAUGAACAUGCUCCAUAUGGGGGACAUAGAUUUAUCACUGAAAAGAAAGUGUUUGCUAACUGGGCCAAGAAACACAGAAUGAUAUUUACACACCCAAACUGGACAGUGUCUUGAUAUUGGUUUUCUGAUCUUGCCAUACCACUUGACAUGAUUAUGAUACUUCAACUAUGAUGCUAAGAAUGAUGGUGAUGGUGAUGGUGACAUCAACAACGAUGAUCAAGUUUCUGUACAUUCUCAGAUAUGGGUGGUGGCUCUACCAGUAAUUUGAACUUGGGACCCGUGGAGGGUGGUUGUGCUCAUUAUAUUCUUUCUGAAGGUUCAAUACUACAUACUGCACUUUAUAAUUUAACUGGAAUUAAAUGAAGGCCAGUAACUGGGCAGCAGUGACUCAAGAAAUGGAAAGAUUAUCUUUAAAUAUAGCUGCUGAGAAUUCUUGAAGAGGGAGGAUUUUAAAAACUCUGGAAUAUGGCCUCCUGAGGCCAGGUUAUUAACUCCAGGGGCUCGUGCACCUGAGCACCUCUAUCAUCUUGAAUGGUUAAUUGUGAAACACUCACACCAGAAAUGAAGUUGGGGUGCAAGUGCUUACCACAGUUCCUUGUUAGUCUGGGGACAGGGAAGAAUCUCUUCCUGAUCAUCUUUCUACAGUAAUUUCUACAGCUAAAGCCUCAGGCCAUUACCUGAUUAGCAAAGUAUCAUGGACAUCCCUCCCAUCAGGAUUACUUGAUUAUCUCUUAUACUUAAUUCAAAAUGGGCCAAAUAGCAAAUCUUGAUGAAUUUCCAUUCUUACCACUCCAUUCUCACUACCCCAAACAUUAUAACGAAACAUGUUAAUAGAAUGAUCUAUGUUAAUGUUUAGUUAUUUUUGAUUGAGCCCUAAACAUUUCAGAAGGCUAUUAACAUGUAAGAUACCAACACUGUAACAACAUAUACUGUGAAAACAACAUCACCAAAAGGGUUUACUAACUCUUCAACAACCAACAACACAAAUGUAUAUGCUUUUUAAAAUCAUGAAACAGGGAAAGCAAAGCAUAUUUUUACAUCACUUUGUAAUUUACCAUACUUCAUAAUAUAUAUUUGUAUAUUCAAAUUUCUAUUUUAUAGGCCUGAUUAUGCCUCUUCAUACAUUACAUUAUCUUUGCCAAGUGCCAACUCUUAGACAUGGAGAGGAUAUGAUUCGUUGCAUUUAAUCUAAUCAGAGUUUUGCCUUCUUGGGGUUUAUUUUCCCCUCAGUGUACCAGUUAUCAUACCAUGUUAGCAACAGCAAUGACCUUAAUGCCCAAAGUGGUUUGUAAUUUGGGGUCCUUUCACAGAUAUAUUAUCCCAUGUAAUGCCCAAGACCAUUGCAUUGGACUAUUGCCUACACCUUCUGGUAUGUCCUUAGCAAUGAUCUGUAAUUUGUUAAUUGGUCUAAUGUACUCCAGAUUACUCCUUGUGCUAAUAGUUUCAUAGGUUAGCAAUUGAUUUCAGUGCCAAAUACAUUAUAUCUAGAUGAUGCAAAAAGUAUCACAAGGAUGGUCCUGACCAUAGACCAGCACCCUUGUGGACAUAGGUACUUUUUAAUGACUAUUUAGAUGGGGAAAGGAUGAGAUAGCAGGAAGGAAGGGAAGCAGAAAAAUAAUUUCCUGCCCCCAUCGUAAUAUGAUUCUGUUCUCCAUACUGAUCAUUAAAUUUUAGAAGGUUGAUUUGCUUAGAGACCAAAACAUCUUUGCAAAUCAUUCAAAAGACAAAAUACAGGCUUAAUUGACAAACUAUUCUGGAGGCUGGAAAGAAAGUACUGAUGCAUUUCACCUCAGGGGUACUGGGGUCUUGACCAGUGCUAAAAGUCCUACGGUUAGUUAUUAUCAGAAUGGGCCAUCUUGGGCAGGUGCCUCUUUGCACUCUCUUCUGCCAUCUUAGUACCCCAGUACUCAAAUUCAUAAAAAUAACAAAGUGCCAGUUCCAUCACUAGAACUAUUAUUGUUGCUAUUCUUUUUUUUCCUUAUGUGAUUUUCAAUUCUGUGUAUGUUUUUUCAAGCUAAUGAUGAAUAGAAAUGCCCAAUCAAAGAAAAAUAAACAGAUACAAAUGUUAGAAUUGUAAAGCCGACUGUUCCCCCCCCAUUGUGAUAUAGAAGUCUACUUUUA